AUGAAAGUCAUCUACCCAAUUAUUGCUGCUUGCUCUUUGGAAAUUGUCGUCUGCUCUGCUUUAGCUGAUGGAACCCUGUCACAAGGUGAAAUAGAGUGUUCUCCUACCAAAGUCAGUCUAGAAGCAUCACAGAAAACAGAUACAUUUAAUUACCCUGUCGAAACACCAUCUUUUCACACCAAGCUGUACCAUGGUCCCACAAGACUAGAAGGGGUAGAGCUGUCGGAUUGUCUCAACGAGUGUGGAGUUAUCGUUGAAGAAACCCCACAAAGGAAAACUGUCACAACUUCUACCAUCGCAAAGAGAGAGCGACUAAAUACUUGUCCAAUCGACUUCAAGAAGUACUACAACCAAGACAGUCCUAUGGCAAUGACCAUUGACUGUGGGCUUGUGGGCUCCAUGAAAUCAACCACCAACACUUCAAACAUGGUGAUGUCUACCUAUACUACUCCAGUCGUAGUAUGCGAUGAUACCCAGAAGGUUACUUCCAAUAUGGAGAUUAUGACCGUCGUCAAACAGGAAAAUCUCUAG